CUUGCGAGGUGAAUAAGAUUACCAGCAACACGUUAGAAAAGCAUCCAGAACAACAGUUACAAAUACAGAAGGAAAAGAAAAAUUGAAGAUAAUUCGAGCGAGUAAGCGACGUGAGAAAAGGCUUAAGUUGGUUCAGUGUUUUAUUAGGAACCAGAAAAGGGACUGUUUUAUUUUGGAGAGUGUGGUGUUUGCCUCUGGUAAUUCACUGGAUUUAGGGACCCUCCUAUACAAGUCACAAAUGCAUGAGCAUUCCAAGAUGAUGACCUAAACCCAGAUUCCGUGGUCCCUGAAACAGAACCGUUGUGUCACAGGCUGGCACUGGCACUUCAGAGGGUAUCUUUAGUAUCGCGUUGGCAUCAUGACUUCUCUUCUGGCUGAAAGUGCACAGCCUGUCCCAGAAUGGCUAUGUGGGCUCCGCCUCGAGCAGUACUGCCACACCUUCUCGGAGGCGGGCCUUAAAACCCUGUGGGAGUGCCGGGAGCUAACCGCCGCCCAGCUGGAGCGAAUGGGCGUGGCUCUGCCAGGACACAGGAAGCGAAUCCUGCGAAGCCUGCAGAAGCUCUUGCCCUCGGAGCGAGGGAUGGAAGGAGAGAUGGAGAGAGAGGGAGAGGGAUGGGAGGAGGACAGGCCAGUUCCGAGAGAGAGGACGAAAUUCCGCGCUGUGCAGGGGACUAUGGCGGAGUCUGGAGAAAAUUCCUCUCGGACGGCUCAAACCCAAAAAGAGGAUCAGAAAGGGCCACCCCCUAUCCCCCCUCGGAUGACCCCAAACCGGCCACCCGUUCCAUUUACGCCCACCUCCGUUACCAUGGCAAGGACCCUCAGCCAUGUGCCGAUGAUUACCACUAAUCCUGCAGCUCAGACCAGAUCGCCACCCACUCCUGCUCCUCGGCCCCGCCCAGAAAACUUAUCUCUUAAAGAGACGGCGUCAAAGCAGCAAAGCGGAGAGAAGCCUUCGCCCGUCUCUCCCUCUGUGUCCUCACUAUCUUCAUCUUCCUCCUCCCUGUCAUCCUCUUCAGAGCAGUUCCACCUUUAUGAGCAGUGUUCUUCCCCGGGACAGGCUGAAAUGGGGGCCCCCCCUCUCCCUCCCAAGUCUUACGCUGUGGGGUCGUAUAAAGAGCCUAAGGUGACCCCUCGUACCAGGCCGCCCUGCAGACCGCCCAUCCCCCCUCGGGCCACCGUGUCCAGUAAGACCAUGCCGCUACCCAAGAGCCCAUCCACUCUCAGCUCAUCACCUGUGGAUGAUCUCUCAGAUGCGGUGCAAAUUCUGGACAUCCCGCCCCGGAACAAUCCGCUUAAGCUUCGCAGCCAGAGCAGUGUACCUUUACCACUGCCUCAAAGAAGGUCGGACUGUAUGGACAGUUCAGAUGAGUACGAGGAGACUGAGACAGCAAAGUGUGGAAAUGGUGAUCGCAUAGACAUGGCAGAUAAGGAUACGUUUUUGCAGAUUCCAGAAAACCAUAAGCCCCGGUACAACAGCUUGUGCAGUGACGACGAGUUGCUGGAGGAAGACCUCGGUUACGAGUCUGUGGCACCGAAGAGAGAUUCAUGGAUAGAAGACUAUACGCCAUUCUCCAGCUGUCAGAACAGCAUCUACCUGCCAGUGACUGGUCAUGAGCCCUGCAUUCCCAAGGAAGACUCUGACCCUCAGCACACUCCUGUCAUAAAGAUGGGUUGGCUAUACAAGAACCCUCCUCAAGGGUCCUUGAUUUACCAGCACCGUUGGGUCAAACUUGACGCAGACUACCUGAGAUACUUUGACAGCGAAAAGGAUGUGUAUUCAAAACGGAUCAUACCAACUUCAUCCAUCACGGGGGUGGCUAACGUGGGAGACCAGAAGUUUGAGGUGGUCACGCACAAUCGUAUAUUCCUUUUCCGAGCAGAGAGCGACUCUGAGAGGAAUGAGUGGGUGUCCGUACUACAGGAUUUUAUUGGUCCAGCUCGAAUGAGGCCAGGUCAUGAGUUGACCCUUAACCCCUGCGUGACCUCCGAAAUAAAAGGUUAUCUGGAGCUUCGGGGCCUGCGCUCUAAACUUUACACAGUGGUGUGUGGAGACAAAGUUUUCCUCUAUAAAAAUGCAGAGGAUUAUAAGAUGGGCAUUGGCAUCACUUCUAUUGAUAUGAAUGUGGGGAAUGUGAAAGACAUGGACAAGAGAGCAUUUGACCUGACCACACCCUACCGCACAUUCAAUUUUGUAGCAGAGACUGAUCAGCUGAAGGAGCAAUGGAUGGAGGCCAUGCGGGACUCCAUUGCAGAGGCGCUGUCCAAUUACGAGGUUGCUGAAAAGAUAUGGGCAGAACCAGCCAAUCAGAAAUGUGCCGACUGUGGCACCACCAAGCCUGAGUGGGCAGCCAUCAAUCUGGGUGUGGUCUUCUGCAAGCGCUGUGCAGGGGAGCACCGUAGUCUUGGCCCCAGCAUAUCAAAAGUACGGAGUCUCAAAAUGGACAAAAAGGUGUGGACCGACAAUCUCAUCCAGCUGUUCCUGGUGCUAGGCAACGAGCGAGCCAAUCAGUUUUGGGCGGCCAACGUCCCGCCCAGCGAAGCCCUGAGCCCAACCAGUAGCAGCGAGGAGAGGCGACGUUACAUCAUAGCCAAAUACCGCGAGGGGAAGUACCGCCGUUAUCACCCGCUGUUCGGCAACCAGGGAGAGCUCGACAACGCGUUGUGUAUUAAUGUGCAGUCUAGCGAUGUGUGUGAGACGCUAGCACUGGUGUUCUGUGGCGCUGAUGUGAACUGUGAGACAGGAGUACCAGACCUGCCCUCGCCCUCUGUUCUGGCAGCCUUCCACGGCCAGAACCUACAGGUGGAAUUCCUCACCCUGAACCGCAACACGGAGAUCCCGAGGUCAGAGACGAAGGUUGCCAUGCACCCAGAGCACUACAUACCCCUGCCUUCCAUCACGCACAAUGGCUUCCUGUUUAAGACUGCAUCUAUGGCUCGGCCAAUCACAGAGCGGAAGAACAAAGAAGAGUUUAGUAGGCGCUGGUGUGUGCUAAAUGAUGGGCAGUUUAACUACUAUGAGAGUGAUAAAAACGCAACGCCCAAUGGUGGUCUGAAGAUGAGGGAGAUCGUCUGUUUGGUUGUCAACCCACCUGAGACACACGGGUAUGAUCAUUCAUUUGAAAUCUAUUCGGACGCAGAGCGUCUUUACCUGUUCGGGACGGACAACCCUGAGACCAUGAGGGAAUGGGUCAAAUCCAUUGCCAAGUCUUUUAUCCCUGCCUAUGCGGAGGAGCUGCUGCAGCAGGACUUUGAGCGCAUCGGUCGACUGCGCUACAAAGACCCGCUGAACCUGGAGAGCUCGCGGGUGGGGUGGUUCUGCCUGGCCGCCUCCACCCUACACGUGUGCUUGGAGGACAGCCACGGCCAGGACAGCAUCGACCUGCAGAAACUCCUGGAGCUCUCGAGAGAUAGCGAAGUCCUGGUUCUCGUGGAGAGAGGCAGGACUCUGUAUAUAGAGGGUGAGAGGAAGUUGGAUUUUCAUGGCUGGGUGGCAGCGAUCCAGAGGGCUGCUGGGAGUUCGGGAGACACUCUGAGCCAGCAGCAGCUAACCGAGGGAGAUAUCCCUGUUAUAGUGGAGCGCUGCAUUCACUACAUCACACAAUACGGGCUGACAUCAGAGGGCAUCUACCGUAAGAGUGGGGUAAACAGUAAGAUCGCCGCCCUGCUGGAAGCAUUUAGGCGGGAUGCACGCUCUGUGUGGUUGAAAGAGGGAGAGCAGCAGGUGGAUGACGUGACAAAUGUCCUCAAGAGAUUUUUCAGAGACAUCGAGGAGGGUCUGUUCAGUCAGGAAGCACCCAGUUGGCUCAGUACUACAGCUGUUACUGAUGAAAGUAAGAGGAUCUCUCAGUAUCAGCAUCUCUUCAACAGCCUGCCAAGAGUCAACAAAGCCACACUACGUACCCUGGUCAAUCACUUGUAUUGUGUGCAAAGGUUUGCCGAGCUGAACCAGAUGAACCUGCACAACCUGGCGAUAGUGUUUGGACCGACUCUCUUUCAGACCGAUGGCAAAGACUACAAUGCUGGACGUGUUGUCGAGGACCUCAUACAGCACUACGUCAUCAUAUUUCAUGUAAAUCAACACCAGUUGAAAAGGCAGCUUGACGAGAUCACGUAUAUUAUUAAGCUGAGAGACAAUCUCAACCCUAAAACAGGACCGGCCAGUGGUGAUUUUAUCUGCACGGUGUAUUUGGAGGAGAAGAAGGAAACAGCUGAACAGCAUGUGAAGAUUCCAGCCACCAUGACGGCGGCGGAGCUGACGUUUGAGAUUCUUGAUCGGCGAAAGAUGUCUGUGAAAGAGAAGGACUAUUGGUGCUGCUUCGAGAUCAGUGAGAAAGAAGAAACAGAGCGUCCAUUGCAUUACCAGGAGCGUGUCUUACCCAUUGUGCACUCUCUGGGCGUGGACAGCCACCUGCUGGUAAAGAAGCAUUACAACAUGGAGGCCAUGCUGGUGUACCUGGCCAGUAAGGUGGAUAUGACUAAGCACGGCAUGCUGAAGUUCAAGGAGGAGAGGAGUCUACUGGGCCUGACCACGGGCAGUUUCAAUGACCGCUACUUCAUGCUCAACCACACCUCCCUCCGCCUCUACAAAGACGUCCGGAGUAAUCGUCCGGAGAAGGAGUGGCCAGUGAAGUGUCUGAAAGUCUAUCAGGGCAUCAAGAAGAAGCUCCGCCCCCCUACCUGUUGGGGUCUGACUGUUGUCUAUGAAAGUGAAAAACCUGAGAAGCAAGAGAAACAGCAGUGGUAUCUUUGUUGUGACACACAGACUGAGAUGAGAGAGUGGUUUGCAACAUUCUUGAGCAUACAGCAGUCAGGGCAGCUGUGGCCGGCAGAGUGGGGAAAGUCUCGUGCAACGUCUCGCUCGGCACCACUGGACACUCGUAUGGGUAAUGUCUCCCUCAUUCCUCUCCGUGGCAACGAGAACGAGAUGAGGAACAGCGUGGCUGCUUUCAUUGCCGAUCCACUCGCUCUCCUAAGGAAUCUAUGACCUUGAAGUAAUCAUUUCAGCGGAGGUCUUCUGUGUGUAUGUGUGCAGACAUCAUCAACAGUUCAUGGCCAAGCCCCAGCACAGAUUUCAGGACUCUUGAGCCUGUUGGACCAGUAAGCUGCUGUGUUAAUAUAUGGGAGCACAUGGGCACACAGGACUACACCGGAUUCUCAACAGCGUUCCUCACCUACGUCCCCAGGAAGCUCACAGGUUUUUACCUGCAAAUGUUUGCCCAACACUCGGACUGCAGAGAUUUCCUGGAUCUUAAUUCCUGCACUUCUAUUGGUGCUGAUCCAGUUAUCGAAUCACUCUCUUUCUGGAGACUUCUUCCACACCUGGUGUUGUGUUUUAUGGGUUAUGGAUUGCGCAAAGUAACAGAAUCUGAGAAGGUUUACCAGUUCUGUGCAUCAAGGACUUAAAAGCGCUAAACUGUUCACCAGUGGUUGCGAUUGGGAUUCUCUUGAUUGCUCUGUUCAUCUGACACAUUUUGAAAAUCCAGUGUGAUCAAAGACUGUAGUAUAGCAUCUAGAUUCACUGUCUAACUACUUUUAAAAAAGAACUUAAUGUUAUAACCAUUUAAUUUUGCAGGCAAGAAUCAGUAUGUUGGAAUGAAGUUGCAGUUUAACAAAAUGUCUCAGCGACCACCAGGAGGUCAAAGGAACUAGGACAGAUCAUAACAUUUAACACACGUGCACAAACCUGACACAACGACAAAAUGCUUCAUUUUCAUACUCAAAUACGCCUUACACACAAAAACAAAAACACUUUUCUCUCACCACGUUACCUUGGUGAUGAACAACAUUUUAUCCAAUUAUUUAUUUUUCGUCUUCCUGCGGUCUGAGUGGUCAGUUCCUGUUCCUUUGUAGUGGGAGCUGCUGUCACAGGCAGGGUCCGAAACCCAACCCGCAGGAUCUGAGGAACAGGGAGUGAAUGGGAGUGCUUGUGAGAGCUUUUUUUUCCUGCUUGUGGCGGUGCCAGUUGAACUUAAGACAAAUUUGAUUUGCGUGUAUCUUAUUUCACCAUUUCUGUUUCUUAGGUUCAAUAUAUUGGACAGUGUUAGAUGAUUGCAGGGGAUAUGUGAUUAGUUACUUUCAUUUGUAUUUGAUUUAAUUAAAAAACAAAUGUAGUCUAAUAAUGAAUUGAGAAUUCAUACACCAGUGUUGGAUAAACAGCAAUAAUCAUUGCAAUAAUCAUUUAAAAAAAAAAAAAAAGCUGUUUAUCUGUUUGUAAAUGUCCACUAGCAAUCGGUUUCUGGAAAAGUAGUUUCAUCAAGAAUCCCAUUUGCCUGCUAAACUGCUAAAUGUCCUAGCAGUCUUUAAAUGCUGUUUGGGUGACGCUAGCUUUCCCUUAUUAACUAGAAGGUUUAGAUUUUCGGUUAAACAUUUCUGUUAAUCGACUUCCAAUCACAAUUUCAGAAAGUCAGGUGUCAAACAAAAUGGCCAACUAAUCCAGAAGCUUGUAUAUCCAAUGGCUGUUGUGGGCACAGUUUAUGAUGUGCUAAGAUAAAUGCUACCGCAUUGUCUAGUCUCACUCUCUGGCUAAGUCUUGAGCAGUAAACAGCGGAGAUUUUGCUUCAAAAAGCAAACAUUUUAGCUAGACCAAAGAUGGUCAGUGAAACGGUUCUCAGAUCAGGUCAAAAUGCCCAUGGCUCUUCACUCUCUCUACACGCUUUUGGCCCACUAUCCUAAAGCCCUGCUCCUUUACUGGGGCAUGGCAGAGGUGCAUUCUGCGUUGUCAACACCAGCAAAGUAUACUGCAAAAAUGUCAUUAAAAAAGUAUGAGAAAAGUACAAUAUUUAAGGAACAGAUGUAUGAAGGAUACAAAUGUAUUUGCCAUUGGCAAACUUGUUGAAACUAUCAUCUAAUCAUGGGCUGAAUCACUGUGCAUACAACAUUCUAGAUUCUUUCAUUAAUUCCAGGGCAAAAUGCAUUUAUAAACUAGUCUUUAAGUUAUUCUAAGUCUUUAAGUUAACUAGUCUUUAAGUUAUUCCACUUCUGCUUUACUUGAUUGUAGGUUGUUGUGGUCCAUUUUAACAUUUAUGAUGGAUUUGAUGUUCCACAUGAUGUGUGUGUGUGUGUGUGUGUGUGUGUGUGUGUGUGUGUGUAUGUGUGUGUGUGUGUGAGAGAGAUUCUAUUUCUAUUGCAAAUCAACUGCAUAAAUGUCUUCAGUAAAAUGUAAAAUAAUCUAAACAUGUAAUCAAAAUGAUGUUUAUUGCUUUAACAAUAAUUCAGUCAUUUUGAGUUUUCAUUGCAUUAUUUGAGUACUUGCAUAUGGUGGCGUGUGAGAGAGCAAGUAGAGGAGAGUGAGAGAGAAUGUUUGUGUGUGCAUGUGUCUUUGAAUGCCCAUAAUCAGUUUAAUUGGUUUUGCAAGUAUACAUUUACAGCAUUUGGCUGAUUACUUUUUAUCCAAAGCGACUUACAAUUAUGACUGAGUACAACUUGAGUAA